AUGCGAACAGAUUCUCGCGCAUCAAAUCCUCCUGAUCCGGUGGAGCGACAUGUGCAGCGAUGGCGUAGCGAGAGCCGCUCUAGCAACAGAGUAUUUAAAAACGAUGAAGAGCCAAGUCAACAAGACGAGAUAGUAAAUGGAACUCUGACAGCCUUAAAAGAUGAUGUCGAGCAGACCACAGAGGUUAUUAGAAGAAAACAACAUCAAAUGACAGAAAUGGAAGUGACAGGUCGUGUAUCAAUUUCACCUACUGAUGAAUGGCUUAGCACUAGACUUCGGGCCGUCUCUACCGAAGAUAUGAAUAAGGAACUAGGAAAAAUCAAGGACGACCAA